CGACGUCUGGCCCAAAAAAGUUACUCUUUCAUUUCCUCUUUCUUAGAACUUAGAACUAGAACCUGGAAAUAACCGAUAACAGCGCAGAAGCAACAGUGUCUGUUAAACCCUAAAACGAUGAGAAGAAAGGGAAGCUGAUAAGAACGAAGCAGUGCGGUGUCAAUGGCGCUUCCCGCUUCUACUCUAUUGCCCUCUUCCUCGCCUCCAAAAUUUCCUAUAAAAGUAGUGUUUGGACAGCGACUAUGUCAACUCCAAAGGAGCUUGUUCUUAGGCAAUCGUCACUUGAACUUGUCCAAGCGCGCCAUAAAAGCAUCAAUGUCGGAGUUUGGUGGAUCAGAGGAGGUUAAGAUGCAGAUAAAUGUCGUGAAGGAGAAGUUGCGGAAAGCGAUUCCCGAAUCGGUUAAGGAGGUUGAAUGGAAUAAGGCUUCUGAUAUACUGCUGGAGAGAUUGCUUUCCCUUGGGAAACAAGCAUUCAAGUGGUCGAUUAUUGUGUUGUUUGGUCUUAGCUCCGUAUCGGAUUUCGUAUUUUCCGUCUCUAGGAAUCAGGAAUUGAUUAUCCCUUUUGGUCUCUUAGUCGGCUGCUUGCUGGCUGACUUUUUGAAAGAAACGUCUCAAGAAGCGUUUCCAAGCUCACAAGGAAAAGGGUUGGACAGAAACCUCAUUGGCAUUGGUUGCUUCUUUGUUCUCGUCAAGACCGUCUCUGCGUAUUUCGGAAUACGGGGAAAGGUUUUUCUUUUGCAGGUUGCUAAUGGUGGGUUCAUGCAAGUUUUGUGGCUGUGGAAAACUUUACUCAAAGGGAAAGAUGAAGGUGACCAGGAGAAUUCUUCGUCAGUACAAGAUACGUCUUUAUUCGAGGCAAAAGACUAAUUUUUCCCGUGUACACUGAGGAGUUUUAUUUCUUAUUUCUUCCCUUUUUGUUGAUUAUUUGUUCUCUCAUAGCUGAAAUUGGGGGAAAAAAUCGUUCUUCCCAUAUUAGCCGAAUGCUUAUUCUUAGCUUAUCAUUUAAGCUUAUAAAUAGGCUAAUUUAGUCUUUGUAUACAAGUUGUACCGAGUAUAAAAUGCUAGCCAUGAGCGAAGAUUGAGAUGCGUGUGUGCUAGGAAUUGAAGAAUUGUGUUUCCUGUUU